AUGGAGGGAUCACAGCUGAGCUCCUUUGGCACCUGGCAGCAAGAUGGGAGCAGUGCAGAUGAUUGCCCUCUGAGGCCAUCCCCCAAUGCAGCAUCCUCACACUAUCUCUUUGCUGUCCUGCAGAUGCCGUGUUGGGGCCGCCUGCUUUCCACCUGGAUGCUGCUCUUCCGCAGGAAGACCCCGGGCAGCUCAGUGCCCUCCAGCCUCCGCCGCUGCCUUUCCCCCUCUGACCUGGUUGCACUGGGAGUGGGCAGCACGCUGGGGGCUGGUGUUUAUGUGCUGGUGGGGGAUGUGGCCAAGACCACCUCCGGCCCCAGUAUCAUUAUUUCUUUCCUGAUUGCAGCCAUUGUGUCCAUUUUAUCUGGGUUGUGCUAUGCCGAAUUCGGGGCGCGCGUGCCCAUGGCCGGCUCUGCUUAUCUCUACUGCUAUGUGACAGUGGGCGAGCUGUGGGCGUUCAUUGCUGGGUGGAAUCUGCUGCUGUCCUAUGUCAUCGGUACUGCCAGCGUUGCUCGAGCCUGGAGUGCUACCUUUGAUGAGCUCCUUGGCAAGAGGAUGGGGAGGUUUUUGGAUGCCCAUGCCCCCAUCCACUCAGCAGGGCUGGCGGAGCAUCCCGAUGUCCUUGCUGCAUGCCUGGUAAUGCUGCUGGCAGGGCUGCUUUCCUUUGGAGUGAAGGAGUCCACCACAAUCAACAAAGCUUUCACUGCCCUCAAUGUGCUUGUCCUGCUCUUCAUCACAGCCAGUGGCUUCAUCAAGGGCGACCUGAACAACUGGCAGCUGCGAGAAGAGGAUCUGCUCUGGGCAGCCCAUGGAACUGGGAACCAGUCCAUGGCUGACAACAAAACUGGUGUCUUUGGGGUGGGAGGCUUCAUGCCAUAUGGUUUCACUGGCACCUUGGCUGGAGCUGCAACCUGUUUCUAUGCUUUUGUUGGGUUUGACUGCAUUGCUACCACAGGGGAAGAAGUGAGGGACCCACAGAGAUCCAUCCCCAUGGGCAUCAUCCUUUCCCUCCUCAUCUGCUUCCUGGCAUACUUUGGAGUAUCUGCUGCCCUCACCUUGAUGAUGCCCUACCACCUCCUGGACACCACCAGCCCCUUCCCAGUGGCUUUUGACUAUGUUGGCUGGGGCAGUGCAAAGCAUGCUGUGGCUGUGGGGUCCUUGUGUGCCCUCAUCACCAGCCUCCUGGGCUCCAUGUUCCCCAUGCCAAGGAUCCUGUAUGCCAUGGCUCGAGAUGGGCUCCUCUUCAGUCCUCUAGCCAAAGUCAGCCGCCGUCAGUGCCCGGUGGUGGCCACACUGGUGUCUGGAGCAGUGGCAGCUCUCCUGGCUCUCCUCCUUGACCUGAAGGCUCUGGUGGACACCAUGUCCCUCGGCACGCUGCUGUCCUACUCACUGGUGGCUGGCUGUGUGCUUCUGCUCAGGUACCGCCCUGAGCCCUGCACCCAGGAUGUUCCCGUGAGGAAGGUCCCGGUGGCACGGUCCUGGUGGCAGGCUGUGCUGAGGCCACCCCCCCAUCCCACCCCGCAUUCCUACACCGUGGUGUCCUGGGCUCUGCUGGCCAUCGCCGCGCUGCUCGGCGCCGUCGGUGGGCUUAGCGGUGCCGCGCUGCUUUGCCUGCAUGCCCAUGGGGCCGGCUGCGGGGCUGCCCUGGUUCUGCUGCUGCUGGGAAUCUUGGUGGCCGCUCUGCUCGUCUGGAGGCAGCCCCAGAGCCGGGAGAGAGCAUCCUUCAUGGUUCCCUGCCUGCCCUUCCUGCCACUGCUCAGCAUCACCGCCAACAGCUGCCUGAUGGCACAGCUCGGUGCGGCCGCAUGGCUGCGGUACCUGCUCUGGAUGGCCCUUGGCUUCCUCAUUUACUUUGGCUAUGGGAUCUGGCACAGUGCUGAGAACCACCAGCCCCGGGAGACGCAGGAAGACAGGGCUGGGGAUGCAGCACCCAUGUGCCUGGGGAGGGCUGGAGGGGAUGGCCUGGUCCCCACCGCCUGGAUUCAUCCACCCUGUGCACAGGGAGCUGCUGUCCCUGAGCAGCCCCAACCCCCAGGGCAAGCCCCUGCUAAAGGAUCUUUGUUCAGAGAGGAUAAAGCAGUCGAGCUUUUUUGCUGGUUUUGUUAUUUUUCUGCCACCCCACCGGUCCUCAAAAACACUGACGCUGGGUUCUCGAGGCUGCUGCUUCUCAUCGACUUGUCAUUGUUACAGCCAGUAGCACGUUGGCCUGGUGCACAACUCAUACACACACACAAACACAUGCACAGACACCCACACCCCGACCUACACAGCCCCAAGGAGGGGACAGACUGA